AUGCUUCCUGACAUAAAGAGGCGAAGUCAAGCAUCUUCAAAUCGACCCUUACCUCGUCGUCAAACCCUUAAUACGUUUGAUCCGAUAUGGGGAAUUAUCUUUUUGGCUUUUGCAGGGAGCGUGAACAGUCAGACUACCAAUGCUACCUGUUCUAAAACAGAAGAAACGUCUUGGAUGUUCAAUGAAUUAGAUGAAUCACCCUGUCUCGUUUGGUCGAAGAUACAAUCAUUAUGCCUAUCACAAAAUUCAUUUGUAAACGUACCACCUCUAUUAGAUUCGAGUUAUGGAUAUAAUUUACCUAAUGAGAAAAGUUCAAUUUGUCAAUGUAACAGUAUCUCAUAUUCUCUGAUGUCCGCUUGUGCAAGCUGUCAAUUCUCUUCGGCUCCUUUACCUCCAGAAAAAGAAUGGUGGGAAUCAUGUCCAACAUACACUCCUGAUGGUCUCGGAUUCAACGAAACAGUCUUGAAUAUACCUAAUUGGGCUUGGCACGUUUGGUCUAACGAGACUUUUGAUCCUGAUGUGGCCAAAACCAUCACCACACCACCUUCAACCCCUUCCUACGCCACAACGCUAUCACGGACUUUCCCAAUCACUUCAUCUACCUCUUCAACCAAUACUACAUCCUCAAAUCCCACUUCUUCAGAUCAAGGAGAAAAUGGUGAAACAGCUUGGGGACCAAUAAUCGGUGGUGUAGCAGGAGGUAUUGUAUUUCUCGUGUUAAUCUUUUUAUUGAUAAGAUGGUUCACGACUCGUAAUUCGUCUGGUUCGAAAAAACCUAGACACACUCUCCCCAAGAGGAUCCCAUACCCUUAUCCACCUGAUGGGACCCGAACAGACAAAGGGAAAGCGGGAGAAGGUCAAGGUGAUUCUUUCUUGGAAAUGUUAGAAUCGAAUUCCAGAAAACCAUUCUCCAUGUCAUCGAAAAAGACUCAAAACCAAAACCAAAAUCAAAGAGAUGAAUUGUUGAAAAGACGUACAGCUGAAUUAAUGUCAAAUCCUAAAGCUUUUGCUGAUCCUCGAACGGCACCUUUACCGUUCACACCUUUUUCUCGUCAAAGAAGUGAUCCUCCCGCCACACCAAAACGUACAACGACGAAAAAAGGGAUGGGAUAUACUACUACCAGUCAAAGAUUAUCCGGAAAACCAAUCUCAUUAACUGCUUCGGAGAUGAACAUGACACAACCCAAUUAUCAAGGAGGAUCAGUCAAACAACAUCAACAAGCAAGAGGAAGAGAUAGUUAUCACUCCGAAAGCGAAAAUCAUCCCUCAAUGGAUUUCAGUGAACUACCCACAAGACCCACUUCUGAGAUAUCAUCGAUUUUACCAAGUUUAUAUGAACCCAAAACAGGUGCUAAAACAUAUCGAGCAAGUGAACAGUUUACCGCAAGACAAAGUAAUAUGUUUUCACCUGAUAGUCAAUAUUAUAAUCCCAAUACGAGUACACCAUUUACCAUUGAUACAAACAAAACAAUUACUACUGCUAACAACCGCAAUUCCAAUUAUAAUUCUAAAUAUCCAUUAUUAACAUCAAAAACAACUGAUUCAGGUAUAUCCAAAUAUCCCAAUAGUCAAUAUACCAUUGACUCUUCUACUAUGAAUAAUUAUCCACCUCAAGAGACUAUCUUGAAUCGACUCAAAGACCAAAAGAGAGAUAGAACAAGUGGGGGCAAUCAAGGUAUCAUAGGUGCUGCGUUGGGUAGUGGGAAGAGAAGUAGCUGGUUUGAAAAGAAAAGAUGGAGUGAUAAAAGUGUCUCGUAA